UUUUGUUUUUCUUCUUCUGGGUUUCUCUGAUUUUGGUGUUUUAGAGGUUUUGUCUGGAUUUUAAACAUCUGGGUAUUUUAGUUUUCAUAUAAAGUUUCAACCUUUAUUGGUAUUUAUGGAUAUUAAUUUUUGAGUUUUAAGUGAUAGGUCAUAUUAGCUUUAUAUAGGGUAUACUUUUUAUCAUCUUACAAAUGGCCCGGUUGAUUCUUCCAUGCAAAAAUCCGUGCUUCACAAAAUUUAGUCUCUUGGGCUUGAUCUCCUCAGCUCCUUUUCAGUCUAAAAGCAGAGUUGGGUGCUUUCAGAAUUCAGUGAGAGUAUUCUCCAAGCAUAGGCAGUUCCUCAAGUCGGAGGUUCGAGUCACAGUUAGACGGAAUUUUCGGUUUGCGUAUCCUCCAUUACAUAGUUCUAGGCAAGGUAGUAGCAGGGUUAUUUGUUCAGUUGCCACAGAACCUUUGCCAAAGGAAGUUGAAGAAUCCAAAAUGGAUGCACCAAAAGAAAUAUUUUUGAAGGAUUACAAGUUGCCAGAUCACUAUUUCGACACGGUGGAUUUGAAUUUUGCUUUGGGUGAAGAAAAAACAAUUGUCAGUUCAAAGAUAACUGUUUCCCCCAGGGUCGAAGGUUCCUCUUCCCCACUGGUUUUGAAUGGGCAUGAUCUGAAGUUAAUUUCAAUUAAGGUCAAUGACAAGGUUCUGAAGGAUGGAGAUUAUCAUGUGGAUUCACGCCAUUUAACAAUCAAAUCACCACCUGCAAGUACAUUUGUAUUGGCCAUUGUUACUGAGAUAUACCCUCAGAAGAACACAUCUUUGGAGGGGCUUUACCAGUCCUCUGGGAAUUUCUGCACUCAAUGUGAAGCAGAGGGUUUCCGCAAAAUUACGUUCUAUCAGGAUCGCCCUGAUAUAAUGGCAAAAUACACAUGCCGUAUUGAAGGUGAUAAAUCAUUAUACCCAGUUCUGCUGUCUAAUGGAAACCUAAUAGAGCAAGGAGACCUGGAGGGUGGAAAGCAUUAUGCUAUCUGGGAGGAUCCAUUCAAGAAGCCUUGCUACUUAUUUGCCUUAGUUGCUGGACAGUUGGAGAGCAGAGAUGAUACAUUUGUUACGAGGUCUGGUCGGAAGGUCUCGCUAAGAAUUUGGACCCCAGCCCAAGAUGUACCCAUGACAGCACAUGCUAUGUAUUCACUUAAAGCGGCAAUGAAAUGGGAUGAGGAUGUUUUUGGUCUUGAAUAUGAUUUGGAUCUCUUCAAUAUUGUUGCUGUUCCGGAUUUUAACAUGGGAGCUAUGGAGAACAAGAGUUUGAAUAUUUUCAAUUCCAAACUUGUUCUGGCAUCUCCAGAAACUGCUUCAGACGCAGAUUAUGCUGCAAUCUUGGGAGUCAUCGGUCAUGAGUAUUUCCACAACUGGACUGGCAACAGAGUGACUUGUCGUGAUUGGUUCCAACUCAGCUUAAAGGAAGGUCUCACCGUAUUCCGGGAUCAGGAAUUUUCAUCAGACAUGGGGAGCCGUACUGUCAAGAGGAUUGCUGAUGUUUCGAAGCUUAGAACUUAUCAAUUCCCACAGGAUUCUGGUCCCAUGGCUCAUCCCGUACGACCACAUUCUUACAUCAAGAUGGAUAACUUCUACACAGGUAAGUUGAUGUUUUCUUAGGCCCACUCAGUGAAUGCUUGUAUUAAACACUUAGACUUGAAGGUCUUCUUUCUCUCUGAUGUUUGGAUUGUGUUUUUCCAUCUCCGGAAUGGGGCUAUGUACCGACUUCAAAUUGCAGUCACGGUGUAUGAGAAGGGAGCUGAAGUUGUCAGGAUGUACAAAACCUUGCUAGGCAGUCAAGGUUUCAGAAAGGGAAUGGAUCUUUAUUUUGAGAGGCAUGACGGUCAAGCUGUAACCUGUGAAGAUUUUUAUGCUGCCAUGAGAGAUGCUAAUAAUGCAGAUUUCGCAAAUUUCUUACAAUGGUAUUCCCAAGCUGGUACUCCAGUUGUGAAGGUUACGUCAUCUUAUGAUGCCGAAGCUCGUACUUUCUCCUUGAAGUUUAGCCAAGAGGUGCCACCUACUCCAGGCCAACCUAUUAAAGAGCCCAUGUUCAUUCCUGUGGCUUUUGGCCUGCUCGAUUCAAGUGGCAAAGACAUGCCUCUCUCUUCUGUUUAUCAAGAUGGAACACUAAAAUCUCUUGCGAGCAACAAUCAACCAGUAAAUACAACAGUUCUUAGAGUAACCAAGAAAGAGGAAGAAUUUGUCUUUCCUGACAUAGUUGAGCGACCAGUUCCUUCCAUAUUGCGGGGUUAUAGUGCUCCUAUCCGUCUUCAAUCCGAUAUCUCUGACACUGAUUUGUUUUUCCUUCUUGCUCAUGACUCGGAUGGAUUCAACCGUUGGGAGGCUGGACAGGUUUUGGCAAGGAAGCUGAUGCUCAGCUUGGUGAGCGAUUUCCAACAAAGCAAACCAUUGGCUCUGAAUCCAAAGUUUAUGCAUGGGCUCAGGAGCAUACUCUGUGAUACCAGCUUAGAUCAAGAAUUUGUUGCGAAGGCAAUAACUCUGCCAGGUGAAGGAGAAAUAAUGGAUCUGAUGGAAAUUGCAGAUCCUGAUGCUGUUCAUGCUGUUCGAUCUUUCCUUAGAAAACAGCUUGCCACUGAGCUUAAAGCAGAGUUUCUGAACAUAGUCGAGAAUAACAGGAGCUCAGAACCUUAUGUGUUUGACCAUCCUAACAUGGCUAGGCGGGCUCUGAAAAAUAUUUCCCUGGCCUAUCUUGCAUCCCUGGAAGAUGAAGGGUUAACAAAACUUGCAUUACAAGAGUAUAACACUGCUACGAAUAUGACGGAUCAAUUUGCAGCUUUGGCAGCCAUAGCCCAAAGCCCUGGUAAAGGCCGUGAUGAAGCCCUGGCUGACUUUUAUAAUAAGUGGCAAAACAACUAUUUGGUUGUGAAUAAAUGGUUUGCCCUCCAAGCCAUGUCUGAUGUUUCUGGUAAUGUUGAGAAUGUGAGAAGGCUCUUAAAUCAUCCAGCAUUUGAUAUGCGGAAUCCAAACAAGGUGUACUCGCUCAUUGGAGGAUUUUGUGGUUCUCCUGUGAAUUUCCAUGCAAAGGAUGGAUCAGGCUACAAAUUCUUAGGGGAGAUGGUGGUGCAACUUGACAAAAUUAAUCCUCAGGUGGCGUCUCGCAUGGUAUCAGCCUUCUCAAGAUGGAGACGCUAUGAUGAAGCUCGACAAACGCUUGCCAAGGCACAGUUAGAGAUGAUCAUGUCUGCCAAUGGUCUGUCAGAGAAUGUGUUUGAGAUUGCCUCAAAAAGCUUGGCUGCUUAAACCCCAGCAAAGUGAUUUUUAGAGAAAUAAUUAGAAGUUGGCUCAUAAUAUAGACCACAGGAAUAAGUAUGAUUUUUACUCUUUCUCAAUUGUCAAGUAAACAUUAGAAUUGUUUCACCUAAAUUGUGUGUUAAGUUAUUUAUUAUUAUCUUAAAAAAAUAUUUUAUUUA